UAACAAGUAAUGACAUAUGGGCCUAUGGUAGAAGCCCAUUUCAGGGUAGUAACUUCUCAGUUCAGUUCACUCUUCUUCCUCACCAUACUGCUAUACACACAUUCAGUGUUGUUGCUAAGCCAUGUCUAUGGCUUCUUCUGACGGAACGAGUUUAGGGCAAAGAAUAUCCGAAAAGGUUAUUUCUUUAUACAAUUCCUUUCCAAAGAAAGGCAAACCUCAAGGCCGUGAAGUCACUGUUCUCGCUGCUUUCCUUCUCUCUUCUCCUUCCAAUGAAUUGAAGGUUGUUGCACUUGGAACUGGAACAAAGUGUAUUGGACGGUCUCUGUUACGCCCUUAUGGUGAUGUUGUUCAUGAUUCCCAUGCUGAAGUUAUUGCUCGAAGAGCUUUAAUCAGGUUCUUCUAUACACAGAUUCAAUAUCUUUCUGAAACUAGUACCAAGUCUGCACUGAGCAAUGGAGGAAAACGGUUCAAAUUUGAUGAUGACAACUUAGCAUUCGAGUUGGACCGAGGGUGUCUUGACAAACGGAAAUAUACGUUGAGAAGUGGUUGGAAAUUACAUAUGUACAUAUCACAGUUACCAUGUGGAGAUGCUACACUGAGCUCGCAUGUCGCUCUGUUGCAAAGUGUGCCAUUAGGAGAAAAUGAUUCACAUUCAUCAUUAUUGAAUAGUUCAAAACAAAUAGGGACGGUCCAGAGAAAGCCAGGUCGCGGCGAUACAACCUUGUCAGUUAGUUGUUCUGACAAGAUAGCACGUUGGAACGUUGUUGGCGUCCAAGGAGCUUUGCUUUCGUACUUUCUCCAACCUGUAUAUCUUUCGUCAAUUACUGUUGGUCUGCCGCAUAGCAGUCCUGAAAAUUUUUCUUUGGAGGAUAACUUGAAAAGAGCUUUGCAUGACCGUAUCCGACACUUGGAGAAUGAGCUAACAUCUCCAUUUCUAGCAAACCAACCACAAUUUCAGUCUGCUCCGGUGCCGCCAAAGGAUUUUCUGCAAUCUGAGAGUUCUGCUAACAAUUUGACAUGCGGGUAUUCUAUAUGUUGGAAUGAAUGUGGCUUGCAUGAAGUCAGUUUGGGAACUACUGGUAGAAAGCAAGGCACCUCCGCGAAAGGAGCACUAUAUCCAUCAACAGAGUCGUCUUUAUGCAAAAAGAGGCUGUUAGAGGUUUUCUUGUCAGUGAGAAAAGAGUGCUUGGCCAUGUCCGUGGACGAUGAUUUUACGUACAGAGAACUUAAGGACGGCGCAGAAGAAUAUCAUUUAGCUUCAAAGAUUUUUAAAGGGAAGCCACCUUUUAGCAACUGGUUUGUAAAACCCUUGGACUGUGAGAAAUUCCCCAUUUCAAAAUAAUAAUACAUUUAUGUUGAAUUCACCAUGGAUAAAAUGAACAUCUAGGGGACUUUAAGUGAGAAGCAAUUUUUCAGAGAGAGGAGUGUAUAUUAAAAUGAAAACAGUGCUGGCUUCAAGAUUGCAAAUCAAAAGGCUCAAUCUAUCUGUUUUGUUUUUUGUUUGACUGAAAACUCUAUCGUUAACACAUUUCAAAGUUAGCACA